AUGGAUGCUAUGACUACUUCGGGUUUAUUAGAAUGGGAACUGUCUUUACCGUCAGACCAAAUAAUUUCCCACGCUUGGUAUCACGGUGCACUUAGCAGAACAUCAGCAGAGAACCUGUUGCAGCAAGACAGAGAGUUUCUAGUGAGGGAUUCCUCAUCACAACCAGAUAACUACGUUCUGAGCUGUCGAUCGAACGGUCAACACUUGCAUUUCGUUAUUCAACGCAUUGUCGUUCACCCAGAAACUGUAUACGAAAGAUAUCAGUACCAAUUCGAAGAUGAAGCUUACGAUACUGUCGCAGAUCUAAUCACAUCUUACGUGGGGUCAGGAAAACCUAUAUCAGCUGCUUCCGGCGCCAGGAUCCAAUACCCUGCAAACAGAAUAGUACCUUUAACUACGUAUUCUGGUGAAGAGUCGAACCCUAUAGUCUCUCCAGCUGGUGAAAGCAAUUAUGGCAAUCCAUACAGUCUUUACAGCCACUUCGCGGCUAAACCAGGCAUGCAGUUACGGAUACCAUUCAAAAAACAACGCUCUCAUUCCUUAACACCUAUAGAUAUGACCCAGCACAUAAAUCACGGAAAAAGCGCAAGCGCAGAUGGUGUCAUACAGACGAAUAAACAUGUGAUAAAAUUCUCAAGCGAAUCGUGUUCAAACUCCAAUACAUGGGAUGCUAACCUUCCGACAAGUCCACCGGCUAAACCAGCUAGAUAUGACGGACCAAAAGCGGACGAUAGACGGCUGGAAUUACAAAGAUUGUAUCAAGUGUCGGGGUCUGAUUCUGGGAACGGCUCCGGCGAUUCAACACAGAGCUCUGCGCAUAGUGAUCCAAAUAAAUCAAGAGUCGAUGCAGAUUACAAUGUGACCACACCAACAAUGAAACAACACUUUGACUACGAUUUGACGGAAGCGAAACUUCUACAGCUGGAGAAUUUGAAUUACACUAUUGAAUCGCGAAUUAAUCUCGAGAAUUUCCAAUCACAAAUUAUAACGCCGAACCUCAAUAAACCUCUGGAAUCUGAAACGUUGCAUACGAUCAAAUUACUUCUUCGGACCUCAGGCCCUCGCAUUUUGGCGAACCAUUUGACGAAGGUUGACCUGCAUUUUUUGUUGGACGAAGCCGUCCAGAUAGAAGGACUUAAUAAAACUGCUUCCGGUAUAGAGUUAUGCUUUUUGCCGCAGGGCAGAAAUUUACGUUUAGAUAUUAUUGAAAGGGUAGAAACAUUUCGUCUACUCAUUGCUGUCACGAUUCUCACAUGCCAGACAGACCGCCAGAGGGCAGAUAUUAUAAAUGACUGGAUACUUCUGGCUAUUGAAACAAAAACGGCUUUGGGAAAUUUAUACGGGUUUUCAGCUAUUAUGUUUGGAUUAUGUAUGCCACAGGUAGAGCGAUUGGAGAACGCAUGGAAUAUUUUAAGGCGGGUCUACACUGACAACGCCUUUAUGUUUGAAGCCAAGUUGCGGCCGUGCUUCAAAAGCAUGAACGAGGGAAAUAAUCCACUGCCUCCAAACACAACGACACCUUAUGUCAUCCCGCCAAUUUUGUGCUUCCAUUUAUUUGACGGGGACAGCGGUGGACUACUUCAACCAGACGAUACGUUCCCUGGUAGCCUGAUGAACACAUUAGAAUUUGACUUCAACGCGUCAGCGGCGCACCUAGACGCAGCCCGCCAUUUUCCAAACCAAGUGGAAAUGUUUAAAAGAAACGCAAGAACCGUCAUCCAGGAGAUGUCAUCCCUUGGUUCAACGUUAGAUCCUUCACUGCUCGAACUAUUUCGAACCGAAUUUCAUAUAAAUUUCCUAUGGGGCGAGCGAGGCGUGAUGACUACUCCUAACCAAAGGUUUGCACGGUUGACAGACAUUUUGACAGCUAUGUCCAACAAGAUGGUGAGUCUCGGUGCGGGGUCAGAUGAUCUAGUGUAA